AUGGAACUCGCCCGUCCUUGCUGUUCCCUCACAUACGGCUACGUACUCUCCCCAACUUUAUCACACCACCUUUAUAAUUACUAUGCGCAAUCUCAUACCGGCUUUUGCCUCAAAAGUCAACACAAUAGCCGAAAAGCACAAGCGGCUUUUGGCAAAGGAAGACGAGCUGCUUAUCUAAAUCCAGACCUUACUCCUAGGAAGAGCCACUGGAUCCCUGAAAGUGCACCAUUCUACGAAAUGGUUUCUGACUCUCAUCUCGUUGAAAUAUUAGUACUAUACAUAUGGCUUGCAUGCCAAGUCCCUACCCUUUGCACAGCGAGGUGGAGAUUUAACCUUUCCCCCGGUGUAACGGAACACCCCGCGCUCCGGAAGAAAGUACUACGAUCAUUGUGCUCUGUCCCGUAUGAUGCCGCAACAAAGCCGGUUCAAGACGACGUCGACACGUCAUCUUAUUGCUAUUCUAAACCGGAAAUCGGUGUAGGAGGCAACCCUGCAAUGCAUGUCGAACCCAAAUGCGCAACUUUGAACGAUUUCGUUAAUUUUGGUCAGAACCUUUUUGACGCCGCCCAGUUUCUGACUAAAUGCCCCAUGUGCGGGAAAGAAACAUCAACCAAUCAACUCAAAUCUCUGCCCCAUUCGGAAAUCCCAUCCAGCAGCCCGUAA